AAUGUGUACAUAAUGAUGGAGAACAGAACAGUACUGUUUGUAAAAGUGAUGUUUCAGUUCCUCUUUCUGAGUCUCUACUCUCAUCCACUGACUGUUGUAGUGAAGAAGAUGGAGACAGCACUAGAUGAAAAUCAGGACAAAGACACAAUAUUUUGCAAAGAAAACCCACUCUAUGGUGCAGACAUGAAUUUCUCCAGCUCAGGCCGCUAUAAUUUCCAGACAGCUGAUGUAAAGCGUAGUAAGUCAUCAGGAAGGGCAUGCAGUGUUCCAGUGAUUGUUAUAUUUCUGCUUCUAUUACUAGGACUGAAUGUCUUCCUGGCUUACAAAGUCUUCACUCUGGAGGCAUGGGUUCACUCUGAACUGAUAAGAAAACAAAAUGCAGAUCAUGAAGCAUUCUCCACUUUAAAACAACAGAGCUCUCAUUUAGAUAAGCAUUGCCUGUCCAACCUGUGUGGGGAUGAGAGAGGUCUGGAGUCUCUGAUGUCACAAAUGUACGUACUUAAUUCCAGUUCUCUCCAGCUACAGCAUCAAGUGGACAACAUCAGUCAGCAGAAAGCACGUCCUGGACCUCCAGGACCUCCUGGACCACGAGGAGUCACAGGGUUGCAAGGUUCGGUGGGUCCACCUGGUGCUAAUGGUUUAAAUGGACUCCCAGGAUCACCAGGACUUAAAGGAGAGCCUGGAUCACCAGGUAAAGCAGGUGAGCCUGGAGCCAUGGGUCCAAAGGGACAGAAAGGAGAGACAGGCGUUAGAGGACCAGAAGGCCCGCCUGGGAUCUCAGGCCCCGCUGGUGGCCCUGGUAUUAAGGGUGAAAAAGGACUUAGUGGAGUACAAGGUUUUCCUGGUACAAAAGGUGAGCCAGGAGAACCAGGUAGUGCUGGGCCACCAGGAAACACCGGACCAACAGGACCUAGUGGAAUACCAGGCUCACAAGGACCACAAGGAGUUCCAGGGCCAAGAGGAUCUCCUGGACCAGUGGGCCCAAAUGGGCUUCAAGGGCCCCCUGGACAGAAAGGUUCACCUGGAGAGAAGGGAGACAGGGGAGAAAGCACUGUAGGUACUCCAGGUAUUCCAGGCCCAAAGGGAGACAGAGGCAUACCUGGUUUAUCUGGAAUUAAAGGGGCUCAAGGCAGUAAAGGAGACACUGGAUCUUCUGGUUUACGAGGACCAAAGGGUGAUACAGGUUCUAUGGGUCCAAAGGGGCAAAAGGGAGAGCAAGGACUCCAGGGUCUUAAAGGAAAUAAGGGAGAAAAAGGAUCUAAUCCACAGGUGCGCUUGAUCGGCACUUCUAAUUCAGGCAGAGUAGAGGUACUGUAUAACUCAGAGUGGGGCACGGUGUGUGAUGACAGUUUUGACACUAUGGACGCCACAGUAUUGUGUAAAAUGUUGGGUUUCCAGCGAGCUACACGUGUUUUCACAGCACAACCAGGAACAGGCCGGAUCUGGCUGGAUGACUUGCAGUGUGUAGGAACAGAGGCCAGCGUAUUUGACUGUAAACACAGAGGCAUGGGAGUGAAUGACUGCCAACACAGUGAGGAUGCUGGAAUAGCUUGUUCCUGAAUGGCCACAACAACCAACCCAACACCCCCACACCCCUGACACACAUACACACACGCAGACACACAAGCAGACACACAAGUAGACACACACACACAUACACAUACAUAGGCACACAUGCAAAUUGGACUGAGUGUAUACAAUGAUUUUUUUUUUAAAUAAUCACAAUUGUAAUACAGUAAUGCAUGUUGAAGAUUUAAAGAUAACAUUGUGACAGUCUCUGUCUUUCUUCAUCUUUCUCUACUCCUCCAGCCUCUCAUUCUUAUUUGGAGGGACCCUAAACACAUAAAUAAGAGCUGUCUGUCUGCCUUCCUGUCUGUAUUUGUGCCUUAGCUAUUACAUUAUUACAACAAGGAUAAAUACAUUGCUUUGGGUCAGCUUAUUUAUUAAUUUGUUUGUUUGGUUAAUUUAUAUACUACUUUUCUAACACACAAGAUCACUCCAAAAGUAUGUAACACAAAGUAACAUCAAUUAAAAAAACACCUUAAACCUGCACCAAA